AUGGGGUGGGAAGGAGAAAUUGAGGGAGAUAAGGCGAAGGGCGUGGUGGAGAGGAAGGAAGAAGAGAAGAAGAGAAAUGCGCAAGAGAGCGCAGAAGAGGAUCUGAGGCGAUCCUAUCUUCAAUGCGGAGGGGACAAUACCAUACCGCAAUACCUGGGCUUGGAAGGUGGUUCCGAUCGGCCGUAA